AUGGCAGAUACUAAUUUAUUGCUACAAUGUCUUCUGGGAAUGCAGUGCAAGGACUUUGCGAUCAUCGCUGCAGACCAAUUGAACACACAAAGUGUUGUUAUCAUAAAAAAUGAUGUGGACAAAAUUUUCGAAUUAUCGGACAAGCUCUUACUUGGCGUGAACGGAGAUGCAGGAGAUAUGGCGCAGUUCUCUCAGUACAUAGCGCAGAACUUGCAGCUGUAUGAGAUGAAGAACAAGUACCAGUUGGCCCCAGCAGCCGUAGUGCACUUUACGAGAAAGAACAUGACUGAUGCUUUACGAAGUGGGAAUCCAACUAUAUUGAACAUGUUAUUUGCGAGUUACGAUGAGGAGAUGGGUAGUCAACUAUACACCAUGGACUUUUUAGCAUCUUGUGUAAACGUGCCCUACGCAUCGCAUGGCAUCGGAGGUCUCCUUGGAAUUAGUAUUCUGGACAACUAUUAUAGGCCAACUCUAUCGGAACUAGAAGCCUAUGAGGUAAUCAAGCUGUGCAUAUACGAGAUCCAACACCGGUUAUUUAUGAACCUACCCAACUUUAAAGUCAAAACGGUCUCCAAAGAUGGCGUCAAGACACUUCCUGAUAUUAAUACUGCGACGUUUGUGAAAAAG